ACCCGGAAGGCCCUUUGCAUUGGGCCUGCUAGUUUUCUGCAGGUCACCCACAGGACCUUGCCAUGGAGGGUGUCAUAGCCGUCCUCCUCCUCGCCUGGACUCUUAUAUCUCCCAGCAGCAGUGGCAAAGCGUGGCCCCCACACACAGUCUGCCGGGGUGGGAACUUGGAAGUGUUCUACCAGAGUUGUGAUCCACUACAAGAUUUUGGCUUUUCUGUUGACCAGUGUUCUAAACACUUAAAGUCAAACCUCAACAUUAAACUUGGAUUCAUUCUGAGAGAGGACAUCAAAGAGCUGUUUCUUGACAUAGCUCUCUUCACUAAAGGAUCGUCCAUUUUGAAUUUCUCCUAUCCCAUCUGUGAAGAGGACCUACCCAAAUUUUCUUUCUGUGGAAGAAGGAAAGGAGAGCAGAUUUAUUAUGCUGGCCCCAUCAAUAAUCCUGGACUUGAAAUUCUGGAGGGAGAAUACCAGGUCUUGCUGGAACUAUAUAAUGAAAACCGUGCCACCGUGGCCUGCGCCAAUGCUACCGUCAUUUGCUCCUGAGCAGCUGAAACGUGGAGCACGCUCUGUCUCGUGGGAACUGCAAGCCUCCCAGACUGAACCUGCUCUGGAAGAAACACCAGUCAACCACAGAGAAGCUCACCGGAGGUGUAGGUGCAGAUUUUAGCCCCGGCGCCAGACGUCCCCAGACUCCACAGGUGUCCGUGCUUCUAAGGUUCCUCCUGGUAGCCACCGGCCUGUGGGCCCACCCUCCUUCCAACGGCCAGGCUCUCCUGCUUCUCAGCUCCUCAGGAGGACCUCCUCAGUCACCCAGAAUAAAGAAAGCUGGCCCACA